CCCCGCCAUGGCCGCCCCGUGCCGGACGCGGACGCUGCAGGUGGUGGACACGGAGUUCAGCGCGGACGCGGUGGAGUGGUGCCCGGUGGAGGGCUGGCACAGCAUCCUGGCCUGCGGCACCUACCACCUGCGCCCGCCCGCCGCGGCUGACUCCCGAGGAAGCAGCGGGGCCUGUGACCGGACCGGGCGCCUCUACCUGUACCACUACAACGAGGAGCAGCCCUACAUCCCCCUGACUGAGAUCCAGAGGAUCGACACAGCUGCCAUCCUCGACAUCAAAUGGUGCCACGUUCCUGUAGCAGAACAUCCCAUGGUCGGCAUCGCAAACUCCACCGGCGCCGUGGAGUUCUGCCACCUGACUGGAAGCGAGAAGAACAGCUGCAUGCUGGAGCCAUGCUUCAGGGUGGAUCUCGGUGCUCGUUGUCUGGCUUUGUCUUUAGACUGGUCCACGGGGCGAGAGCAAUGCGGAUGUCCUUUGAGAGUCAUCAGCAGUGAUUCAGAGGGCAAGCUGAAUCUUUUCUCCAUAGAUGAGUAUGCUCCUUCUGUGCAUGUCCUGAACCAGUGGGAAGCUCACAAAUUCGAGGCCUGGAUUGCAGCUUUUAAUUACUGGGACACUGAUGUUGUGUAUUCAGGAGGAGAUGACAGCCUGCUGAAGGGCUGGGACACCAGGCGUGGGCCCGGGGCUCCUGUCUUCAGCAGCAGGAGACACUCGAUGGGUGUGUGCAGCAUUCAGUGCAGUCCCCACCGGGAGAACCUCCUGGCUACUGGCAGCUACGACGAGCACGUGCUGCUGUGGGACACCAGGAACAUGAAGCAGCCCCUGGCAGACACCCAUGUUGAAGGAGGAGUGUGGAGGCUGAAGUGGCACCCGAGCUGUGAUUUCCUGCUGCUGGCAGCCUGCAUGCAGAGCGGCUUCAAGAUCCUGGACUGCCGCGGCAGCAUGGCGGAGAACACGGAGGAAUGUGCCAUCCUGUCAUCCUACGUGCUGCACAACUCCUUGGCCUACGGGGCCGACUGGUCAAGGCUGUGUCCCAGGGAUUCCUGGACUGCAGCUCAGGAGCUGCCUGCUGCCUGCCAGCCUUCAGAGGAGCUUGUGGGAAGAUCAGAGGGAGCAGAUGAGAAACUGAAUUUGCAGGUUCAAAACCUGAAGAUAAUUUAUGAGUCUCCUACAGCUACUUUUGAUGUAAUACUGGAUGAGGAGAGUGAAGGGCCUGCCUCGCCACUCCCUGCACGGGUGGGUCCCAAGCUGCCUGGGGAUCCUGCCCUGGGCAGGGGCCCUGAUUUGAAGGGCAGUUCAGAUUUGGCUGGGGGUCUGGAUGGAGGGGGAGAUGCUGAGCCAGCUGGGGGUUCUGACACAGGGCUGAAGGGAAUGGGCCUGGACAGCCAGGGGUCUGGCACUCACUCAGGCACGUCUCUAGACAGCCCGAAGGAAAUGAGCAUUGUAGCAACUUGUUCUUUCUAUGACAACAUCCUGCAUGUCUGGAAGUGGGAGAUGAGCCUGGUGACCCCCUCAGGGACGCCAAGUACCACAUCUCCAGCUGAGAGAGCAGUUGAGAGCUUGCAUUGACUAGUCCCAAGGGAGAGAGGCAGGAAACCCCCUGUGCUGAGAGCAGCUGCUGAGCUUCCAGCCUCUCUGAUUCCUGCUGGGCUUUUAUUGUUUUGCUUGUGAGUCCUUUCAGGCUGAUGCUGAGGGAGCUGCUGCUGGUUUAUUUUUGGUGCUGAGGAAGGCCUUUGCUUUGUGGCAUGUGGAUAAGCACACACACAUCUAUUUAAUUUUCCCUUAAUGUCCUAGUUCAAAGGAGGAGAGCCUUCCUUUUGUUUGUACCUUACUUUUGGAUCCCUUCCAGGCUGGUUUGCUUUUGUACAGUUGAUCUGUUAAGUGUGUUUGCCUCCUGCCAUCACAAACCCAACUGGCCCAUGCUGCUAGGUAUCAGCAGACACAGGGUGGUCAAAGGUGUCCCUGAAUGUCUCUGAAGAGCUGCUGAGCAGAGGCUGAGCUGUGUGCAGCUUGCUCUGUGGUCUCUAAACCACUUUGAGAGGAAGCUCCAAGGCAGUCCAGGCACAGCCAGUGCCAUGUGCUUGUCAGCAGCUUGAGGGGAGAAAAAUGCUUUUUGAGAAGGAAAUCCAGAGUGUGUGACAGGCAGCAGUGGGGUGAUGGGCAGCUGUGUUCUGAGCAGGGCCUUUCCUGGAAGGGCUGCAGUGUAUCUGCACAGCCUGAUGAACAUCAGCCCCAUCCCCUGGUUGCAACCUCCCUUCAGCACUGAGUGCAGGUGGGUUCAGCACAGCCCAUGGAGCCAGACCUCCUGUGUCUCAGUGCCACGCUCAGCCAACCCUCCAGCCUCUGCCUAUCCACCUCAUGUUUUCUGCUCUCCACGGCAAGACUGACCUUUAGGUCCAAAGUCAAGACCUUUUCAUGUUAUAAAGGUGAACAGCUUUAAGAUCAAAACCUCCAAAAAGUAUCAGCAGUUUCCUGACAUCGUUUAAGUUCAAAAGAAAUACAGACAGAAACCAAAACCUUAACAACAUUGCCCUGACUACCUCUGGGAAUGGCUGCAGAGUCCCUCGUGGUUGCUCCAUUAGCUUCCUUUUUUCACUGUGAAAUAGCAGCAGCAAAACACCAUUUCUGGAACGUUUCAUCUGUUACUUUCCUAGAAACAACAACAAAAAUCCCAGCUUAAACUAGGUUAGUAAUGUUUAGCUUGCAUGGUUUCUCUGUGAGGGUCCUAAAGAAACACCAGCAACAGGCAUCUGUGUGUAACAGUGCUGUGUCCCAGACAAGGUACGGCCCAGGAGAACUGUACUGCUCUGAAACUCUUGUUCCAAGGGUGAAUGUGCAUUUUAGGAAUCAUUCCUGAGCAGUGUUCCAUGAGGAUUCACAUGAGCAUUGUGAAUGAGAGCUUUUGUUAAAUAUGAGAAUAAAAAAUCCACCCUAUUUUUGGAUGUUUCUACAAUAAAACCAGUGUCAGUGAUUUUAUA